CAGCUGGUGUUGCGUGCUGAGUCACUGGACACACGACUGGACAAAUAGGUGACAAGUUAGCUCACAUAAUGACAGUUUGACUGGGCCCACACCACCGCAAGACAACGCUGUGUCUGAACACUGUCUGAAAAGCGCAUGUUGGACUGAGAAUAUAUCACUUUUACAUCACUUGGUUGAACGACACUCAACUUGGGACUUACUACUACUAGUUGGUCGGAACACCGCUCAACUUGGUCUGGCUACCAGUCAACGUGGUCUAAAAACGACUUAACCAGCUUGGGCUGACUUCCUCCGACCAAGUUUCCGACCCUGACCCAUCUUGAGUAGUAACCCUGUUUCAGGGGGUCAUGGAUGGUGGCUCUAAAUGCACGAGGGGUCAGCUCCUGCACCUGGAUGUGUGUGUGGAUGAGCAGAAGCCUCGCGGCGGUGUCCUAGAGCUCCUCGGGAGACUGAGGCCCCAGUGGAAGCCACAGGACAUCAAGAUGAAGGUGUUCACAGAGGGCAUCACCAACCAGCUGAUGGGCUGCUUCGUGGGCUCGCUCCAAGAGUCAGGGGCCGUGCUGGUGCGUGUGUACGGGAGGAUGACAGAGCUCUAUGUGGACCGGGAGAGAGAGGUGGAGAUGUUCCAGAUACUCCACACUCACAACUGCGGCCCGCAGAUCUACUGCAGCUUCCGGAACGGCAUCUGCUACGAGUUUGUGAGGGGGACCGUGUUGGACGACACACUGCUCACACAACCUGCCAUCUAUAGAUUGAUUGCGACAGAAAUGGGAAAAAUCCACUCGAUCAAACUUGAAUCGGACAUCCCUGUGGAGAAUAUUCUGUGGAAGAAGAUGGCCCAGUUUCUCAAACUUGUCCAUAAUGCUCUGAGCAACACAACAGCACCACAUAGUUCCAAGCUGCUGCAAGAGAUCCCUAGCAUCGAAACCCUGUCAGAUGAAAUGGAGACGCUGAAAAGACACCUCUCUCAGAUCGGCUCACCAACCGUGCUGUGUCACAACGACCUCCUGACUAAGAAUAUAAUCUACGACAACAAAGAGGGCAUGGUGAGAUUCAUUGACUAUGAGUAUGCUGAUUUUAACUACCAGGCCUUCGACAUAGGCAACCAUUUCAAUGAGUUUGCAGGUACGAGUGACACUGACUACAGCCUGUAUCCCAGACCUGAACUGCAGAGGGACUGGUUGACUGCUUACCUUGAGAGCUACAAGCACAGUGUGGGGCUGGAGGCCACAGUUACAGAACUAGAGGUUCAGAAGCUCUACGUUCAAGUCUGCAAGUUCUCACUGGCCUCCAACUUUUUAUGGGGUCUCUGGGCAAUCCUGCAGGCCAGAUAUUCCUCAAUUGAUUUUGACUUUGAAAGGUACGCCAUAACCCGAUUCGACUACUACUUUGAGAAGAAGGAAGAAUACUUUGGAUUGACUCUCAGUUAGAGAACCAAGCCCGAAGAAAUGUAAACAGUUCAGGUCUGCUGCAUCUUUAUUUGAAUUUAAGAGAGUAUUUUUAUCGACACAUAAUGCUGAAAGGUUGCAAACGAAUGCGGACAAUAUAACCAUGUGUGUUUCCAGAAAAUGUACACUUGAUUGUUACAGUUUCCUAAAAAAGAAUGGUGUAAUUUCAACUGAUUCUCCAAAUAUUUGUCCCAUCACAGUGAGGUUGGAGAUAACCUCAUUUGGCAAAUUGACAUGGCUUCCAGGCCAGAAAGAUGUUCAUUUACAUUUAGCCAUGUUACUCAAAGCAACAAGAACUAAUACUAAAAUCAUGAGGGUUAUUUCCAGGCUCAUUCAACAUUAAACUCAGUUGAGAUUUUUUUGAAAUGUCCCCUGGCA